AUGCAAAAGGAGUCGAGUGUGUGUUUAAGGAAGUUUACUGCUGAUUUAAACAUGAAUAUGCAAGCUUUAAAGGCGUUAGGUCAUGAUCCAGAUGCCUGUGGUGCGCUAUUAUUGCAUGUGAUUCUAGUCAAACUAGAUUAUAAUACAAUACGAAAUUGGGAAUCUGUGGCGACCAAAGAUAUAUUACCCUCUAUAUCGGAGUUGACAACAUUUUUAAAUGAACGGUGUAAAAUAUUAGAGGCGAUUGAUACCUCAAAAAAUUUAUCGAAUAAAUCAAAUACGUCGCAUUAUACGCAGUCUAAGCAAAAUUAUCGCAAUCCAAAUGAUAAAAACGUCCAAUUUAAAAAUAAUAAAAAAGUAAAUGCAUUUGUUGCUACCAAUCGUUUAGCAUGUUAUUUAUGUAAACAGUCACAUCCUAUUUACAAGUGUCAAAAAUUUAUCGCACUCAAUGCGAAUGAAAGAGCACUAAAGGUUGAUGAACUAAACCUAUGUCGCAAUUGCCUGGGUACGGGACACACGGAUGUACAGGUGUGUAGGUCGAAAAGGGUAUGCUCCAAAUGUGAUAAAGCGUUGCUGCAUGGUAAUGUACCACAAGUUGUACAAAAUCCGUCUACGUCAAAUGUGUCUAAUCCGGAAGUGGUGGUGAUUCACGCCGCCCGUGGUCAAACGCGCGCACAAGUACUAUUAGCGACUGCAGAGGUACAUAUAUUAAAUGCAUGCGGCGAACUAGUUGUAUGCAGGGCAUUACUAGAUAACGGCUCACAGAUAAAUAUUUUGACCGAAGCAAUGGCACAGAGAUUAGGGCUUGCGAGAACAAAAAUAAAUAAAUCAAUAACAGGUAUAAAUGAGGUAGUGAGUCGUGCCACGUAUCAGGUAACCGCGUCUAUUAAGUCACGUAUAAAUAAUUAUUCUGCCACCUUAGACAUGCUGGUAUUGCCAAAAAUUACCGGAAAACUGCCGACCAACAAUAUCGAUACUAACAAAUGGUCUAUACCCACGGAUAUUAUUUUGGCAGAUUCUAGGUGUUUUAAGCCGGAAAAAAUUGAUUUAUUGAUUGGUGCCGACACCUAUUGGGAAAUAAUGUGCUCGGGAAAUUUCAAACUGCACACAAUGGGUCCGUACUUGCAGCAAACAAUGUUCGGCUGGAUUAUUGUAGGACCAGUGAAUGAAAUUUCAUCAAAAAAUAAUUCAAUGGCUUGCUUUGUAAUAAGUGAAGAUAAUUAUUCAAAUUUGGAAAAGGAUAUUGAAGAAUUUUGGAAAAUCGAAGAAUUUUCCAAUGCAAAUAUGGACGAAACGUCGGAAGAUAGUAUUUGUAGAAAACAUUUUGAAGAUCACGUAUCAGUAGAUUCCACGGGAAAAUUUGUAGUAAAAUUGCCGUUUCCAGAUAACGUAGACAUGUUAGGCGAGUCAUAUAACAUAGCGUUAAAAAGGUUUUUAUCGUUAGAGCGUCGUCUCGGGAAAAAUCCCGAGCGAUAUAGUCAAUAUAAAGGGUUCAUGGAAGAAUAUGAGCAUUUGGGACAUAUGGAGAAAGUUAAUGAGGACAAUGACCUAUCAGUGAAAACGUAUUACAUGCCACACUCUUACGUUCUUAAUGAUAGUAGCCGAUCAACUAAAUUACGAGUGGUAUUUGACGGCUCAUGCAAAUCAGAAUCUGGAUUAUCGAUAAACGAUGUAUUGUUAAAAGGUCCUAUAUUACAAGAUGACCUCACAUUAAUUGUUACGAGAUUUCGUACACAUAAAUAUGCAUUUUCAGCUGAUAUUAAAAAAAUGUAUAGGCAGGUAUGGGUUGAUACUGCAGAUAGAGAUUAUCAGCGCAUAUUAUGGCGCGGUGAUCCUAAUGAGCCUAUUAAGAAAUAUAGAUUGUGUACAGUUGACGCGGUCCCGCGCAAAAUCUGUUUGAAUUCAAACAGCCUUUGCGCGGAAGCCGCGCCGCGGCUUCUCAAUCAAACCGCCAACCGACGACGGACGGCGCCGGCGCGCGACACGCGCGCCUGGAACCGUCGGCCGGCCGUCCAGCGAACCGGAUUGCCAAGGCGCGCUCUCUCGUCCUCACGACUCCGACACGGAUAG